AUGGUUGUCUUUGAUGGUCAUGAGUACCUCACCGAGGAGGAGAAGCGCCUCAAGCAGGAUCGCAAUCGGGACCUGUACUGGAAGAAAUGGGGCCCGUAUGUAGCCGAGAGGCAGUGGGCGACUGUCCGAGAGGAUUACAGCCCGGACGGUGAUGCUUGGAGCCACUUUCCCCACGACCAUGCGCGAUCUCGAGCCUUCCGAUGGGGCGAAGAUGGUAUUGCGGGAGUCUCAGACACACACGGCCUCCAGAAUAUCGCCUUUAGCUUCUGGAACGAGAAAGAUGAUUUUCUGAAGGAACGCUUAUUCGGUCUGUCCAACCCGCAGGGCAACCAUGGAGAGAGUGUGAAGGAAGCUCAUUUUCACCUGGAUAACACUCCUCAUUCGUACAUGAAAUUUCUCUACAAAUACCCCCAGAAGAAGUUCCCUUACGAAGAUCUCUUGAAGGAAAGUGCCCGGCGCACAAAGCAAGACAAGGAGUACCAGCUCAUCGACACUGGCGUUUUCGACGAGGACAGAUACUGGGAUAUUUUCAUCGAAACUGCAAAGGAAUCCGACGACCCAGAUGAGCUUCUAUUCCGCGUCACUGCUUGGAACCGAGGUCCCGAUCCCGCGCCGCUUCACAUCGUACCGCAUGUUUGGUUCCGGAAUACCUGGAGUUGGGGCCGCGAGCCAGAAAGCAAGAAGCCAUCCAUCCAGCUCCAUAAUGAGGUCACAGCCAAAUCCAAGCAUUACAGUUUGGGUGAAAGAUAUUUUCUACUCUCUCCAUCACCUGGAGUUGGUUCUAGUGAGGAUGACGUCAUGCCCGAGCUGAUGUUCACCGAGAAUGACACCAACUUCAAAUCUCUGUAUGACCAGAAGAACCCCCAGCCUUACGUCAAGGAUGCCUUCCAUCAUUAUAUCGUUGAUGGAGAAAAGGACACCAUCAACCCUGCAGGAAAGGGUACCAAGUGCGCUGCCUGGUACCCUUUCAACGAAGAUGGCGGUGUCCCUCCCGGGGAGUGUGCAGUGGUCCGCUUUCGAAUUUCCAAGAAGGACGUAGCCUACCUUGACGAGGAAGAGUUUGAUGAUAUUAUCGAAAGGCGCAAGGAAGAGGCCGACGAGUUCUUCUACAGGAUCAGCCCGCUACCGAUUUCUGAUGAUCUUCGCAACGUCCAGAGACAAGCCUUUUCCGGGAUGAUGUGGAACAAGCAGCAUUAUCUGUUCAUUUGGGACCAAUGGGCGAAUGGAGACCCUUCAAUGCCGCCACCGCCUCCCGAUCGACGAGGGAUUCGCAAUUCUCAAUGGAAGCACAUGCAUUGCGAUGAUAUUCUAUCUAUGCCAGACUCUUGGGAGUAUCCGUUCUUUGCUGCCUGGGACAGUGCAUUUCACUGUAUUCCUCUGGCCAUGAUCGACCCUGACUUCGCCAAGAAGCAGCUUGAUUUAUUCACCCGAGAGUGGUACUGCCAUCCGAACGGGCAGAUUCCAGCCUAUGAAUGGAACUUUGGUGAUGUCAACCCUCCUGUCCAUGCCUGGGCAACCUUCCGGACUUUCAAGAUUGAGCGGAAACUGUAUGGACGUCAGGAUAUUGAUUUCCUUGAACGUGUUUUCCAGAAACUCCUGCUGAAUUUCACGUGGUGGGUGAACCGCAAGGACACCGAUGGCAAGAACGUGUUUGAGGGUGGUUUCCUCGGGCUGGAUAAUAUCGGCCUCUUCAACCGAUCUGAGCCCCUACCAACUGGAGGUGUUCUUGAGCAAGCAGACAGUACAGGAUGGAUGGCAUUUUACUGUUUGAGCAUGCUCAACAUUGCCCUGGAGCUGGCAAAGCACCGCCGCACGUACGAGGAUAUUGCGUCCAAGUUCUUCGAGCAUUUCAUCUUCAUUAGCGAUGCAAUGACCUUCCGAACAGGGGGCAAAGAGGAGAAGUCAUUGUGGAAUGAGGAUGACAGCUUUUAUUAUGAUGCUAUCUCUUGGGGAGGUCCAUGGAUCCAGCAGCUCCCCGUCCGGUCCCUCGUUGGGCUCAUUCCCCUCUAUGCCACUUCAACUCUCGAACCUGAGUUGAUCAACAAGCUUCCAUCGUUCAAGAAGCGAGUGGACUGGUUCGUACAGAAUCGCUGCGAUCUUGCUGAACGCAACAUGGCAAGUAUACGGAAGAGAGGUAAGGGAGAUCGGCUUCUCCUUUCUAUUGUCAGUAAGGACAGGCUAGAGAAAAUCUUGAAGAGAAUGCUGGAUGAGAAUGAGUUCUUCAGCGACCAUGGUAUUCGAUCGCUGUCAAAACAUCACAAAGAAAACCCCUUCUCCAUGGAGGUCAACGGGCAGAAGUUCGAGGUUGGAUACAUCCCUGGAGACUCCGAUAGUGGCCUUUUUGGUGGAAAUAGUAACUGGAGAGGCCCGAUCUGGCUCUGCGUCAAUUUCCUUUUGGUAGAGUCUCUCCAGAGAUUUUUCCUCUUCUACGGACACGAGUUCCAGGUGGAAUGUCCCACCGGAAGCGGUGAAUACAUGCACCUGGGCAAGGUUGCAGAGGAGAUCCAGCAUCGUCUUCAGCAUCUGUUUGCUCGCACCGACGAUGGAAGACGUAGCAUCAACGGCGGCGAUGAUCGUCUCGAUUUUGAUGAGCACUGGAAGGACUACCUUUGGUUCCACGAGUUCUUCGAUGGCGACACUGGCCGAGGACUCGGUGCUACCCACCAGUGUGGUUGGACGGGUCUGAUCGCCCGAAUGAUUCACGACACCGGCGUGAACUGUCGACUUCCUCAAACUCCCAGAGAGCCAACUGCUACCAUGGCGCAUUACUUCGACGAUGUCUUCCAGCGAAGAAUCAACGCCGGAACCCCCCACCCCUCUGGGAACAUGCGCAUCCGGCGAUCAUCCACCUCUCGCUCAAUCGGCGCGAGAAGUGACUUUUCGCUCAACGGGGCGGAUGUGGAUGAUGAGGACGGCGAUGCGCACUCCAUCACCGCAUCUGUCUUCCCAGAUGACCCGGAGCGUACCCGCCAGAGAACCGAGGCGGACUCUCACAUGCACCGCUACAUCUCGGACCAGCUUGAACGCUAUAGGAUUGACCAGACCCCCAGUGACUACGAACAGGAUCUUGAGACGGACGCAAAAUAG